AUGUAUGUGCAUAUUUUCACUUUUGUGAUUCUCUGCGUAUCGCCGUUCUGGAUAUUCUACAUAUCGGCCAACAAUGUCGAUGACGAUACUGCGAGGCUUAUAAUUGCUAUAUGUGGAGCCGUUUGUUGCGCGCUUGGCUUGCUAUAUGGAGGAUACUGGAGGUCUGAGAUACGAAAGAAGUUCAAACUCCCAGCAAAUCCUCUGUGCCGUGGUUAUGCUUUGGUCACUGAUUUUGCCUACUGGUUGUUCUGCUGGUCGUGUUCUUUAGCUCAGGAGAUUCGAACCGCAAACUUUUACGACAUUGAGGAUGACGGGUUUUAUCGAAAAGUUACUGAUGAGGAAGGGAGAGCGGUGUUGGUUCCUUUGCCGAGGGAAGGGAAUUUCAUGAACGGUGAUGAGCAUAGGAGUUUCUCAUGUCCUCCAAAGCUUGAAGAUGUUGAUGUGGAGAGCCUUAGAGAAGUUUCUUUGGUCGGUUGCGCUUAG